CUUUCACCGUAUGGGGCAAAUAACGGUCCGAUGCUGGUAAAUGCACCCUUUCUCACGAGUGUGAAAAGACACUACGCAGAAUGUCUCCAAUGAUGCACAAAACUACCUCACGGACCUGUCACUCAGUAAAUUCCGCACUUUGCUUGACAACGGCACUAUCCAACUACUUCACCAAUCGCUAAGUGCUGUCGCCCACCAUGAAGCUCCUAAUGUUUGUCACCCUGCUCGACUGCCUCACGACAGUCACCGGCCAAGCACAGAGCAUUGUCGACGCGUUGCAGCUUGUGCAGCAGGGUAUCAGGUACUCCGACUCACUGGUAUACCGCUUCGACGGCAAUCCUUACACAGGCGCACUGGACGCUAUCAACAUUCAAGAAUCAGCCGAUCAAGUCGGCCAUGCAGUCGAAUACUGUAUUGCAGUCGCCAAUGCCUCCCCACUCCUGAACGAUCAAGAUUCUGGAGCAGUCGCCGUCGCCAUUCUAUCUUUGCGCCCAGACGUUGAGACACUGCUCAAGAGGAUUGCUUCCAAGAAAUGGAACUUCGACCAAGUUGUCGUCGGCCUCUUUCCCGUCAGCAAGCAAGUUCAGCAGGCCCUCACAGAUCAGAAAGCUUUGACUAUCGCACUCGGAAACGCCGUCGCGUCAAAGCUAUCCGGAGCCUACAGACAAGCCGCACCUCUCCUUUUGGAAGAAUUCAGCGCUUCAUUUGAUAGUGCCAUCGCGGCAUUUGUCCCUCAGAGUAUCGGCUGUUCAGCGAGAGACAUUGGGACUCUCACCCAGAAGCGCACCCUUCGGCCCAAGGCACCUUCGAAGCAGUUCAAUAGUCAGGGCAUCAGUGACUUCUCGACGUACCAUAAUCUUCAAUAUUAUUACGUAGUCUCAACUGGUUAA